UGUGUAAGGGAGAGGAGCCUGGAACAGAGGGUGCUGAGGAGGCUGGGCCACAGGGCUGGGGUCCCCACAGGCAGGCGAGGCAAGAGGUGGCCGAGGGAGGGGAGUCACAGAGCCACAGAGCGGGGCAGAGUGAGUCAGACACUUGCACAGGGAUUACAAACCCCAGGGCUCCACGGGGCUGGAAGGCAUGUUCUCUUCUCUUCCCCGGCACCCCAGCCCCCAGCCACCCCUGGCAUCCCGCAACCCCUCCCCUCUCUCUCUGCUUACAGGACCCACAGUGACCACUCUAGGCUCCUAUGAGGCGUCUGAGGGUUGUGAGAGGAAGAAGGGCCAACGCUGGGGGUCCCUGGAACGGCGGGGCAUGCAAGCUAUGGAGGGGGAGGUAUUACUCCCAGCUCUCUAUGAGGAGGAAGAAGAAGAGGAAGAGGAGGAAGAAGAGGUGGAAGAAGAAGAAGAACAAGUGCAGAAAGGUGGCAGCGUGGGCUCCCUGUCAGUCGGCAAGCACCGGGGCCUGAGCCUCACAGAGACAGAGCUAGAGGAGCUGAGGGCUCAGGUGCUCCAGCUGGUGGCAGAGCUGGAGGAGACACGGGAACUGGCAGGGCAGCAUGAGGACGACUCCUUGGAGCUGCAGGGACUUCUGGAGGAUGAACGGCUGGCCAGCGCGCAGCAGGCAGAGGUGUUCACCAAGCAGAUCCAGCAGCUCCAAGGUGAGCUGCGGUCUCUGCGGGAGGAGAUUUCCUUGUUAGAGCGCGAGAAAGAAAGUGAACUUAAGGAAAUAGAACGGGAAUUGCAUUUGGCCCAGGCUGAGAUCCUGACUCUGCGGCAAGCAGCCGAGGAUUCCGCAACUGAACAUGAGAGUGACAUAGCAUCCCUGCAGGAGGAUCUCUGCCGGAUGCAGAAGGAACUCGAUGACAUGGAUCGCAUUCGGGGAGAUUACGAGAUGGAGAUCACCUCCCUCCGUGCAGAAAUGGAAAUGAAAAUGUCUGAACAAUCCAAUAGUUUAAGUCUCUCAGAUUUCUCUGGGUUGCAAGAAGAAUUGCAGGAACUUCGAGAACGCUACCAAUUCCUGAAUGAGGAGUACCAGGCCCUGCAGGAAAGCAACAGUAGCCUCACAGGGCAGCUUGCAGAUCUGGAGAGCGACAGGACACGAAGAGCAACAGAGAAGUGGCUGGAGUCCCAAACACUAAGGAGUAUGAUGUCAGCAGAGUCUCAGACUUCAGAAAUGGAUUUCCUAGAGCCUGAUCCUGAAAUGCAGUUGUUGCGACAGCAGCUCCUGGGAGCCGAAGAGCAGAUGCAUGACAUGCAGAGCAAGUGUAAGAAACUGUGUUGUGAGUUGCAAGAGCUACAGCAUCAUCGCCAGGUCAGUGAGGAGGAGCAGAGGCGGCUGCAGAGGGAGCUCAAGUGCGCCCAGAAUGAGGUGCUUCGGUUUCAGACUUCCCACAGCGUCAUCCAGAACGAGGAGCUGAAGACCAAACUCUGUACCCUGCAGAAAAAGUAUGAUGCUAGCCAGGAUGAGCAGAAUGAGCUCUUGAAGGUGCAACUACAACUUCAGACUGAGCUCCGGCAGCUCAAAGUCACAAAAUCCACAGUCAUAGAAAACCAAAGUGAGAAGGAAUUACUGUGCCGGCUGCAGAAGAUGCAGCUCCAGUACCAGAACAUCAUGUGCGAGAAGGAAAAGCUGCUGGAAGUGCAGCGGCAGCUGCAGGAGAAGCUGCAGUGCCAUGAGGCAGAGCUGCAGCACUUUAGGGCCAUGGUGGCCUGCUUCCAAGAGAGCAAAGAGAAGAAUGCAGAGAUGCGUGCCCAGCUUCAGGAGAUGAAGCGGCAGUACCAGGCCAGCAAGGAGGAGCUGGAGCAGCAGAAGCACAUGUAUGACCAGCUCCAGCAGGACCUCCUGCUCAGCCAGAUGGAGCUGAAACAGCUCAAGACCACCCAGUCCCUUCCGGAGGACAAGGGGAAAUGUGCUGAUAAGUGUGACACACUGCUGUCCAGACUGACAGAAUUGCAGGAGAAGUACCAGGCCAGCCAGAAGGAGAUGGGGCAGCUGCAGAUGGAGCAGUGUGAGCUCCUGGAGGAUCAGAGGAGGUUGCAGGAGGAGCAGGGCCAGCUGCAAGAAGAGCUGCACAAGCUCACGUUCCCGAUGCCCAAAUGUGGUCUCUUCCAUAAGAGUCAGGAGCUACUUACAAAGUUACAAGACCUAUGUGAACUGCAGCUGCUCUACCAAGGCAUGCAGGAUGAACAGAAGAAACUGGUACAGAACCAAGAAUGUGUAGUAAAAGAACAAUUAGAGGCACACGAAGAGCUGCGACGUUUUAAAGAGUCUUGUUUCCAGGAAGUGUUGGAGAAUCCCAAGAAUUCCAAAAGUGCUCAAAAGCCCUCAAAAUCUGAUGAGAACAAGCAGUCCAAGUUGCUCAUCGAACAGAUGCAGGCACUGCAGGUGCUGUACGACAACAGUCAGGCAGAGCAGGAGCUAUUGCAGCAGGAGCAGGGGAGGCUCCUAGAGGAGCGGAAGAGGCUGCAGGCAGACUUGCAGCUCUGUCUGGAAGAAAUGCAACUACUCCAACUCCAGUCCCCAUCUAUAAAAAUGAGCCUCGAGUCCUACAAGAAGAGCUAUGGUAGCAUUGCCCCCAGCAGCGACAACGAGAGCUAUCACAAGAGUUACGCCAGCAGCGCCAGCAACACCAGCACGCAGGAAAGCAACGAGAGCUUUCUCAAGAGCUAUGACAGCAGCACCAGUGCCAGCGAGGCCUAUGAAAAGAGUUACCGCAGCAGCUGCAGCAGCAUUACCUAUAAGAAGAGUUAUGGCAGCACCAGUGGCUCUGACGUUUGUCACAAGAGUUAUGUCAGUAGCAGCACUGAUGAUGAGCCCGCUGAGCCUGAAGACAUGGAGCACUUUGAGGAAACGGUUGCCAAGGUGUUGACCAAGCUGCAGGCAGUGCAGGCCAUGUACCAGGUGAGCCAGGAGGAGCACAGCCAGCUGCAAGAGCAGAUGCAGAAGUUAUUAGAUAAACAGAAAAAGCUGAAGGUAGAGCUGGACGCCUGCGAAAAGGAAUUCAAGGAGUGCAUGGAUUGCCUCGAGAAGCCCACAGCCCCCCAGAAUGACAAGAAUGAGAUCAAAGAGCUGCAGACCAGGCUGCGGGAGCUGCAGCUGCAGUACCAGGCUAGCAUGGACGAGCAGGGGCGGCUCCUGGCAGUGCAGGAGCAGCUAGAGGGGCAGCUGCAGUGCUGCCAGGAAGAGCUCCGCCAGCUCAAGGAGAAGAAGCCCUCUGCUGCCAAAGAACCCCGGGGGAAGAAUGUUCAUAAGAAUAUGAACAAGAAUGCCAACGGGGUUAAAAUGAAAAAGGUGACCAAGCCAUGCUCGGACAGUUCUGAGGGCAGCCUUGAGGCUGGAAAGAGUCUGGAGGUGGUACUGUACUACCAGGCCAGCCAGAGGGAGUUGGAAGAGCUAGAAAAAGAGGAGGAAAAGAAAGAGGAGAUGGAAAAGAAAGGAGAGGAAAAGAAAAAGGAGAUGGAGAAGGGAAAAAAGGAAGGAACAGAAGAGGGAACAAAGAAGUCCCGGGAUGAACUAGCUACUGAGCCAUCAGAUCUUGGAAAAGUUAAGUCCACGGAAAAUCAGGAGGAAGAAUAUGAAGAGUACAAAGACCAGGAAGAUACAGAAGAAGACAACGAAGAGGAGGAGGAUGACGAUUCUUGCCCUGACACUCUUGAAGAAAACAACCCCCUCAAACUUUCUGAGAGCAAAAAGCCACCCCCUACCCCCAACCCCCCCAUCUUCUCCUUGCCUCUUGUAGGCCUGGUGGUCAUAUCGGCUUUGCUCUGGUGCUGGUGGGCUGAGACGUCGUCUUAA